AUGUCUGUACUAAUAAGAGUGUUGGUGCUAGUUCAGCUCCUAGCCAGGCUUCUGUUGGUGCAAGCGGAUGUUUCCAUUGUGAAGCCUGAGGAAGGAGACUCUUACAAGCCCAGUUCGGACGGUGGGUCUGUCAAGAUAAAUAUUGUAUGGGAAGAUGAUGCCAAUCUGCCUUCUGUUCCCAGCUACGAUUACUUCACAUUCAAGUUGUUGUACGGGCCCAGCUACGACAUGGAUCUGAUUAGUCAGAUCGAGGAGGUGUCGCCAUCGAAGGUGGUGCACCAGGGCUCGCAGUACACAUAUACUGCGAACUUUGUGUCGUCGAAGCUUGGGAACGGACAGUUUUUCAUCCAGGUUUAUGCAUUCUCGAAGAAUCUGGGGUGGACGAUCCAUUACAGUCCCAGAUUUAACAUCCAGUCGGUUUCAGACGGUGUUCUCACUUACACAUACAAGGGCCAGGACCAGCCUGGGCCCCAAUGGAACUUACCAAACGCCGGUGUUGAUACCCGGUCGUUCACGUUGCCAUACACUGCACAGACAGGAGUGAGAAGAUACGCUCCAAUGCAGACACAGCCGGGAUCCCGUGUCACCGUUACGACGUGGUCGAGGAGGUUCCCCACUAGCAGCGUUUCUUACUACACUACAAAGAGAAACUCGCUCGAUCAAAUGACCACGUACACGCCUGGGUGGUCGUACACAGUAACUUCGGACUUCAAUUACGCUACCCCGGCACCAUUCCCCUCGGAUAAUGGGGGCUGGUACAACCCGAAGAAAAGACAAUCACUCACCACUAGAAAACUCAACAUCAACCAGCACAAGUCCAAGUGA